AUGCCGCAGCGCAAUGAAGAGGCCAUCGUUCCUCUUGACUCGCAAGAGAAUCGGCAUCAGCCAGGCCCUGCAGCGAAUGGUACAUCCUUGCAGCAGGCCGCGGAUGUCAUGCUGCGGGCCAUCAAGGAGGCGCAGUGUUGCGAGAACCUCCUGCGAUCGCACGCAGUUUCUUUAGAGGCAGAGCUCGAGGCUGCGAGAGAAGAUGCUCGCGCCCAGCAGAGGAUAACUGAAGAAGUUCGGGCAGAGAAUCAGCAGUUGAAAGCAAAGUUGGAGAGCUUCGGCGAGCUGAUUGCCAAGCAACAGCAAACCAUCCAGGAUCACGAGGCCCGGCUUCGCAACUUCAGCAAAAGCACGUUUCGCACCAUGGCCUCGAGGAAGUUUGCAGGUGACAAGCGGCGCCGCUUGACUGACUCUCCCUCUCCCAAAGAGGAACCCAUGGAGGAUGGCACAACAGGGUCGACUACGAAAAAGCCCGAGAAUAAGACUGAGCCAGGAGAGCAAAUUGUGACCAAGGCCGUCUCCCCCAGCUUACCUGCAGCCCGCAAUGGUGAGAAGAACGUCCUCAAACCCACUUCAAGUGCUCCAGCUGAGGCAUCGAGUCUGGCUAACUUGAAGAUUGCGGGACUCCGGGUUUGGGAGCCUGCCAAAGAGCCAAGAGACCUGGCGAAAUGCUUCGUGCCUGACCAGGGCAAGGGGGAGCUGGCAAUCCGAAGCAGGUCGUUUGAUGGAGAAGUUGUCAAGGAGGGCCCCCCCUGCCGAUGUGUGGUGCGUGGAAAGCAGCGACUUGCUCUUAAAGGAUACGACUGCGAGCAGUGCCGCAACUUUUUUGCGGUGACCAAAGGCCCAAAGACAGGCCAAUCUUGUAAUUCUUCCAGACACCGAAUGGAUCAUGCGCCUACCUGCACACCACCAGGCUUUUGGGACUUAUCCUUCCCUUUGGGAUCGCAGGUGCAGCCGAUGCCACUGCAGAAUUGA